UGUUGCGUUUACAAAAUGCCCAAAUUUUUCCACUGGUUUCGUGGAAGGCUGUUCCUGCUCCUGGAUCGCCUGAUACAGCUACAAGAGCUGUACAGAGAUCCUAACCUAUCACGAAACUUCCUGCACGCUUGUCAGAAUGGAGACUUAUCAAGAGUGGAAAUCCUCGUAUCGAAAUACGACAUUCAAGAUUGGACUUACUUCCGACAUUUGACUUCCGGUGACACCGCAUUGCAUGUUGCUACCCGCGAGGGCCAUUUGAAUAUUGUUCGAUACUUGUGCGAGAAUUUUCAGAAGCCAGAUUUUAGAGUGAAUGUGGCCAAUAAAGAUAUGAAAAGGCCGUUGCACGAGGCAGCGCAGUUUGCUCAUAGAGAUAUAGUCAAAUAUUUAAUUGAAAAAGGUGCAGAUAUAGAUGCAUUAAAGCGUGCUGAUUGGACACCGCUCAUGUUGGCUUGUACGAAAACUGGAAAUGAUGUAUUUGAAUGCAUUCUUGCGCUUUUAGAAGCAAAAGCAAAUCCGUUUUUUCGAAAUAAAGAUGGAUGGACAUCGUUGCAUUUAAUUUGUCGAUCUGGUGAUGAAAAUGCGUUUGAUUUAUUGGUGAAUCAGUUUGCUGAACGUAUUAACGAUCGGAGCAAUAAUGGCCGUACUGUUAUGCACAUUGCUGCAUUCCAUGGUCAUGAGGGUUUAGUCAAUCGUCUUGUCUCGCUUAAUACGAAUUUUUUGAACGUGCGUGAUUCCUCAGGAUCUACUCCUCUUCAUGAAGCAGUUAAAGGGGGUCAUAUAUCCGUUGCAAAGCGAUUAAUCGAUCUGGGAGCUGAUGCUCAAGCUACUGACAAUGUUGGCCAGACUAGUUUACAUAUAGCGGCCAUAGUUGGAAAUGUAGAAACGUUUAGAAACAUUCUGAGAAACUAAUCGGCGUAGACAUAGAAAUUGAUUAAUUAGAAGAUUUUCUAAAAUAGACAAAAACGAGACAUUUUUUAUUCAGAGA